AUGUUGCUUUGGAUUCUUCUGAUACUGUCUGCCGCAUACAGUUGCUAUGGUGGAAAAACUCAGUAUAAUGAAACUGAAGCUCGUAUGUUGCUGAAUUUGGCAGCUGGAGCAUAUUCUGAAAUGCCAGAAAUCUGUGUGAAUAAAACAUUAGCAGCUGAAGAGGGUUGGAUCUUAUACAGUGAGCUGUCAUCAGUAUGCGAUAUAAUCAGCAGUCUUUGUUCGGGAUAUAUUUUGAGAUCUGAUGCAUUAAAACAGAUAAUUAUCGUUUUUCGAGGUACACGAACAAAGAAACAGCUGCUUACUGAAGGUUGGCAAGGAAUACAACCUGGAGUUGACUUUUAUGGCAUUGGAAAGGUGAAUCGUUAUUUUCAUGGCGCUUUAUUAACCUUAUGGCCUCUUAUCGAACCGGUUGUCGCAGAUUCAAACUUCAGCAGCUACUCAAUCACACUGACUGGGCAUUCAUUAGGUGGUGCGUUGGCAUCUUUAGCAGCAAUGAAAAUUAUACUAGACGGCCAUCGUAAUAAAGAUCAAAUCAAAGUUAUCACAUUUGGACAACCUAGAGUUGGAGAUCGAGACUAUGCUUUUAAAUUUGAUGAACUGAUUCCGUACUGCUUCCGCAUUGUACACCGAAUUGAUAUUGUUCCUCAUUUACCAGCUUGCAAAAAAAAUAAGAACGACAUUGAGACGAGAAGGACUAAUAGUAAAAAAUGUGACCCCACAGUUCCAGGCCAUUCUUAUCAUCAUGGAACAGAAAUUUGGUAUCCGACGGGAAUGGGCUCGAACGCUGAAUAUUUUGAAUGUGUUGGUGAACCAAGAAACGAGGACUUUAUCUGCAGCGAUAGUCUUAAUUUUGAAGUUGAACAGUAUAAGAAAUACGUCGACGAUCAUCGCCGUUACUUUGACCACAGAGUACCUUGGUUUGGAAAAGCUGGUUGUGUCGAAGUAGCUGAUGCUAUUAAUGAAACAGAAUCUGUGCUUGGUGAAGAAAUAAAACCUGAAUUGCCUGAAGACGAAAACGACAGUACAAAUAGAAGACGUUUCUCGUUCAAAAGAGUUGUUGAAAAAGUGAAAAAUGUCAUAAGAAAUUUUAGUUUUGAGCAUUAA